AUGGCCUCAGCCGGGGGCUUGACUCGCCGAAGAGGUGGCGGUCGAGUCGCUGGCGGAGAUGAGAACGACGACAGCCAAGUCUCGUCGCCCAUGUCUCGAAACGGCUCUUCUCUCGACAACCGUGUCCCGGAGACCUCGUUUACCAACACCGAAAAUGGCCACAAGAUCGCAUUUGACCCGAGAGACAUCAGUGAAACCGAAGAACGAAGCAAGCAGCCCAAGCUGACGUUAAUGGAGGAAGUCCUGUUGCUGGGGUUGAAGGACAAACAAGGUUAUCUGUCGUUUUGGAAUGAGAACAUUUCCUACGCCUUACGUGGAUGCAUUGUCAUCGAAUUGGCCCUCCGCGGUCGCAUCAGCAUGCAGAAGGAUUCCUCUCGCCGACGGUUCCCUUUGGCCGAUCGGGUGAUCGAAGUCAUCGAUGACACUCUGACUGGGGAGGUCUUGCUGGACGAGGCAUUGAAGAUGAUGAAGUCGAGCGAGAAGAUGAGCGUAAAUUCCUGGAUCGACCUGAUGAGCGGUGAAACCUGGAAUCUGAUGAAGAUCGGCUACCAAUUGAAGCAAGUACGCGAACGUCUUGCGAAAGGUCUGGUCGACAAGGGCAUCCUGCGAACGGAGAAGCGCAACUUCCUUCUCUUUGAUAUGGCCACCCACCCGGUCGCCGACGGGGGUGCUAAGGAUGACAUCCACCGGCGUGUGCGCAACAUCUGCAGCAAUCGAACUGUGAUCAUUCCCGCGAGUACGUGGCUGCCCGAAGACACGGAGUUCCGCUACCUUCGUUCAAUCUCGAUGGUCUGCGCCGCCUAUGCUGCCAACGUCCUGGAGAACGCACUCAUCACGAUGAGCCACGAGGCUCGAGAGAGGGCCUUUGCGCAGGUGGAUGAGCUCUUGGCGGAGUACUCCCAGUGGCCGUUUGCCCGGAGGCCGGGCGGCUCGCAGGCGAUCGGCGCCAACUUGGCCCAGGCGAUCAACGACGAGGUGAAUCGGUGUAAGGAUAAAGAGCUUCAAUUGGAGAUUGUGGCAGCAUGUUUGAGCGUUUUUACUAGACUUGACUCCUUACUCUAA